GGGGUCGAUGCUGUGGAGCUGCAGGCCGUAGCGGUGGGUCGUGUUGACUCUGGUUGAAUAGUAACAUACGUAUAUUUAAAUUGAAAAAAUAUAUACGCUUGUUCUCCGCUCACCUCCAGAAUCACUAUGAUGUCGCAUCGAGACGCAAUCUGCACAACAACAGCGCCACGAAACGACAAGCAAGGACACUUCAUGACCGUUUAAUGCUCCCUUGUUCUCUUUCAUCCAAAUCAAAGGCUUCUAAUAUGUUGGUAUGAUCCAGUAACGGAUUAUCAACACCAUCGCAGACUUAUCGCUGCUCCCCAAAACAGAAUAAACACACCUACAUAGAAAGAGGGAGAGUUUUUUUAGCCUUCCUCCAGCAAUGCGUUUCUGUAGCUGCUGCUCCUCAACUAACACAGUUAAUUUCACUAAACUCUAAUAGAAUCCUCACUGAAACAAGUACAUUUGUAAAUAAUACAAAUGACCAAAUAUUUUAUUCUGAUCGAGGCCUAAAUGCCCAUUUAUAAUAUUUAAAAUGUGAGAUCUGUUUAAUAUUAGAAAUAGGAAAAACAAUGACCCUGAACGCAUGCAGGAAUCUAAGGAGGCUGCUUUAGACAAAACGUCUGGUUCACAGUACAAACAGCCUUUCUGUUUUCUUAUUUCUUAUUUGAGAACUUAUGAAGAUCCCUCCGGUUAAAUCUCUCCAUUUACCAGCGAUAAUGAACCAAGUUUUAAAGGCUGCAUACCUGGCGUUGUUGCGUCGGAAUUCCGGCGUAACGACGGAAACGGUGGCCGGGUGGGAGAGCGGGCGGCAUGCGUCCGACUGGUUCACCCACAUUUGGGGAGCCACAUAACUUCCUUAUCUCGCCACACCCUAACCAUGGCCUAUAAAGCAGAGCCCAAGAGAUAAGACGCAGCACACGCGGAGCUCAACCACCACCCGGACGCCCUCCACCCGACCGCGGCCAAGAACCACCUCCACCCGACCCGACCCGACGACCAUGAGCCUGAGGAGCAAGCAGAGCGCCCGCCCGGGCCUCCGCCCGCCUCAGAGGGGCUUCAGCAGCGUGUCCAUGGCGUCCUACUCCAUCCCCAGGAUCGCCGACGGGACCCGAGCGGCGGCGGCCCCCAUCACGGCCGUGACCGCCAACAGGAGCCUGCUGACCCCGGUCAACGUGGACAUCGACCCCGACAUCCAAGUGGUCCGCACGCAGGAGAAGGAGCAGCUCAAGGGCCUGAACAACCGAUUCCUCUCCUUCAUUGAUAAGGUGAUCUUACUGGAGCAGCAGAACAAAAUGCUGCAAACCAAGUGGGAUCUGCUGCAGGGAGAGGCCUCCGUCGCCUCCGACGUGGAGCCCAUGCUGAAGUCCUACAUCAGCGGCCUGCAGAGGCAGCUGGAGGUCGUCGCCAGCGACAAACUCAGGCUGGACUCUGAGAACCAAGCCAUGCACCAGGAUGUGAGCAAAUACAAGGAAAAGUUCGAGAGUGAGGUCAACAGGAGGAAUGAGGUGGAGAUCCAGUUUGUCUCGCUCAAAAAGGACACGGACGCCGGCUACGUGUCCAAGAUGGAUCUGAGCAACAAGGUGUCUUUGAUCAGCGAUGAGCUGCGCUUUAUCAAGGCCCUGCAUGACGAGGAGCUGCGGGAGCUGCAGGAGAGCCUGAGGGGGACCUCUGUGGUGGUGCAGAUGGACAACUCCCGCGACCUGAACAUGGAACAGGUCGUGUCCGAGGUCAAGGCCGAGUACGAAGACAUCGCCGCUCGCAGCCGCUCCGAAGCCGAGAGCUGGCACCAGAGCAAAUUCGACCGGAUCACCGCUGAGGCGGACCGGCACGCCGAGGACAUGCGCAGCGCCAAGGUGCAGAUAUCCGAGCUCCGCCGGGUGAUCGCCCGCCUGCAGAACGAAACCCAGGCGGUGAAAGCCCAGCACACCAGCAUCCAGGGCCAGAUAGCCGAAGCGGAGCAGCAAGGCGAGGGGGCCGUGCGGGACGCCGGGGCUCGCAUCAGGGACCUGGAGCUGGCCCUGCAGAGGGCCAAGCAUGACAUGGCUCUGCAACUUAAAGAGUACCAGGAGCUCAUGAACCUCAAGCUGGCUCUGGACAUCGAGAUCUCCACAUACAGGAAGCUGCUGGAGGGAGAGGAGGAAAGAAUUGGACAGGACUCUAUUGUCAAAGUCCACACAGUGGCCGCCAUGUCCGCCAAAAGGCACCAGACACGCAAGCCAGGUGUCUUCAUCAAGACCGUGGAAACCAAUGAAGAAUAUUUUACGUCAAAAUAAAUACUGUAAGCAUUUAACUGUAACCAUAUCUUGAACAUCUUUGUUAAUGAACAGCUCCAAUGUGACACAUGUGUGUGUUUGUGCUUCUUUUUUGGAUAUCACGUUAAUCACUGUGUUUACAAUAAA